AUGCUUUGCAAUCCCAACAAAUGCCCUCCAUCAGUCGUAAUUCCUAAUCAGAGAGGUGAUGGCAUAUGCAAUCCUGACUGCAUGAAUCCUUUUUGCAAUUAUGAUACUGGAGGCCUUUAUAAUAUCUCAACUACAGCUGAAAACUCAGACUGUCUUUCACAAUGCUACUUCCUAAAUUCUUAUUGUAAACUGAGCAAUCUUGGGAAUGGUGUCUGCGAUGGUUUAUGCAAUAAACCAAUUUGCGGGCUUGAGUUCUCAGAUUGUGGGUACUGCGCUCAAUCAUGUAAUUUAUAUAUAGGCCAAAAAUCUCAAUUAGGAAAUGAGUGUGACCCUAAAUGUAAUACAACUUCUUGCUAUUAUGAUAUGGGAGCUUGCUUAGAAUGCGCUGUAGGCUGUAAUUUGACUAUUUGAGGAGAUGGGACUUGCAAUGACGAAUGUAAUAACUCAGAAUGUAAUUAUGAUAAUGGAGACUGCUUCAAUGUCACUUGUGCACCAGGCUGCUACUUGUGAAUGAUUGGAAACUCCAUUUGUGAUGAAACUUGUCACGUGAAAGAAUGCAAUUAUGAUAAUUUUGACUGUGAUUGCUCUCCUGGAUGCAAUUUAGAGUUAUUGCAAAAUAAUAUAUGUGAUGAGGUCUGCAAUAACUAUGAAUGUGAGUUUGAUAAUGGAAAAUGCGGGUUUUGUGAGAGCGGGUGCUAUUUAGAUAUGCUUCGAAACGAUGUAUGUGAUGAAGUUUGCAAUACUUAUCGCUGCAAAUAUGACUACUUUGCUUGUAGAUGCUCAUUGCAUUGUAGUUCAGAUGAUUAUGGAAAAUGCAAACCAUCGUGUUUGGUAAGCGAUUGCAUGUAUGAUAGAGUAAGCAGUGAUCCUAGCAAAUGAUGCUAUGAUGAAGAUUUAAUAAAGUAUACUGUUUAUCAGCAAAUUUUUGCUGAUAACUCAAAUAGCAUCGUUUCUUUUGACAAUUGCUCAGUCGCAUCAUCUAAUAAAUGCAAUCUAACGAUGUCUUUAGAUCAUGCAGCAUGCUAUCCUGAAUGCAAUAGUAAGGCAUGCAAUUAUGGCCUAUGCUUCUCAUUUGGAAUUGAUUGUGGUGAUCUUUCUACUACAACACUUUGCUCUCGUUGUACAAUUGAUGGCUGUGACAUAGAUAUAAGCAAAUCCACUUACCGCUAUUUUUCAUCUUUGAGCAUAGGUGGAUUUCAAGUAGCUUACUUCAAUUAUUGAAAAUCUUUAAAGCAUGGAGACUUUCAGUUUUAUUAUGUGACUUCAAAUCAGAAGGGGCCUUACCCAUCAGGAAAUGGAACUUUGAUUUAUCCUUUUGAAACACUUGAUCAUGCAUUACAGUCUAAACUGCCAAAAUAUGGAGAUCUCAAAAAAAGUGAAAAUAUCUUUGACCUUUGAAGGCAUCAAACGCUCUUUUUUUAUUUAUAUAAUGAUGGAAAUUAUACUUUAACUAACUGUGAUUCUUUCUGAAUAAACUCCUCUGCUAUAAUCGCCUCAUAUGAUGAAAAUCAGAUUUUGAUAGAAAUAAAUGGAUGAUCGCUUUUUUCAUGCCCUUUGACCUCUUAUGUCAAGUUUGAAAAUGUAAUUUUCGAAGGGUCUGGACACCUUAAUGGGUGUAGUUCUAUAUACUGCGAUUAUUGUGCGUAUAGUUUUUAUGAUGAAAGCGAUGGGUAUUACUAUAAUGAUAGAAAUCAGCGCAUAUCACAAAGUAUAUUUACAGAUAGCUGCCAAAUUAACAAUUCUAAGAGUCUUAGCCUAUUUUAUGCUAUAACUACGUUGACACUAAUAAAUGUUGAUAUUAGAAAUUUUAGAUUCAAUUAUGACUCUAUUAUAUCUGGUAAUGGAACAAUUGAGUUAUUUAAUGUAAAUUUUGAUAAUAUAUGGUUAAGUGGGAAAGAAAAAAAUGCAGUUGUGCAUCCCUAUGGAAAAUUUACUUAUAAAUGAGGCUCUGUGACUAGGCUAAAUAAUGGAUUUGAGUUUGGAGACUCACUUGAUUUUCGGGGAUUUUUGUAUUCUGAAUUUUACUCGACUUUUACUAUAAAAAAUGUGGAUUUUAAAUAUAAUUUGGUCUAUUUAAAGUCUCAAAGCUCUCUUUCUAGUGGCUCACUAAUAUAUCUUAAUAAUAUGACAAAGUUUGAAAUGGAUAACUGCACUUUUAUGUAUAAUUAUUGUGAAACUGGAAUUUUUUACAGCGAAUUAAAUAUAGGAAGCUAUGAUUAUAGUUUAAAUGAAACUUAUUAUUUGACUUACUUGACAAUUUCUCAUAUAUCCAUUCAGAACACCCAUUUUAUAUCAAAUUAUGGAAAAUCCGGAUUAAUUCGUAUAGAGUUUCUUGGCUUACUUCUAAAUGUUCAACUAAGCAAUUUGACCUUUGAAUCUAAUGGAGCAGAAAGUAAUUCCAUAAUUUAUAUAUACAACUCAGCCAUAUUAGAUUAUUAUAAAACCAAAACAAUCCAAAAUUUGGUUUUAAAGAAUUUAAGAUCCAUUAAUGUCGUUUCAGUCCCAAGAUGAUGCAAAUUUAUUGAUAUUUCUUUUAAAACCAACCAUGCUAUGGGAAUGAUCACUGCGAUUAAUAUGGUUAAUUUUGACUUGAAAAACUUAAAUAUACAUUCUAAUGGAUCUCCAUAUGAAGAUGCAAAUGUCAAUUCUCUAGUUCUUAAAUAUUUUAUUGAAAAUAGGGAUGCUUGAGACUUGUAUAUAAGUAAAGAAAAAUAUGAUGCAAAAGCUGUAGAUUGUGAAUUUAUAGUGAGUCUGUCGAAAUUAGUUAAUUUAUAUAUCGAAGGUGUCAAUAUUUCAAAAAAUACCUGCAGAAAUUCAUCACCUACUUUUAUAAUUGAUAAUUCAAAUUCCAAUAGUUUAAAUUCUCUGAGAUGUUCUGAAAACGUUGGAAAUGGACUAUCUCCAGUCUGUUUUUAUUUGACAGGAUCUUAUGAUAGAAAUUUAACUAAUUUAGAAUUAAUUGGGAAUAGAAACAACUACAUUUCUGGUGGGUAUGGGGCACUAAAACUAGAGAGUGAAAAUAUUUUAUAUAUAACAAAUUGCUCAUUCGUUAAUAACUCAGCAAGUUUAUCUUCUGCAGUUUACUUUUCAGGAAUAAGUAUUUCUAUUGAGUCUUCAAUUUUUGAUUCAAAUGAAUCAAGGCUUGGGAAUGGUGGUGCCUUAUAUUUUAUUUCUCUGUUCCAAACUAAUGAAGAAUCGUCAUUUAUUAUAAACUCAAGUUAUUUUAUAAGGAAUUCAGCUGCUUCUGACGGAGGUGCAAUUUUUUUGAUUCAAAACUCAAGGCUGUCAAAAAGUAUUGAUAUAAAAAUUUCACAAUCAGAUUUUAUAGGAAAUUAUGCCAAUAAUGGAGCAGCUUUAUAUAUCGAUAACUCCGUAGUACUUUCUAAAGACUCAAUUAUAUUAGCUUCUAAUUUCAAUAAAAAUACCUCUAAAAAAUCAGGAGUUAUUUUUUUAUAUUUCAACAGCGGAAUUUUAUCAUUUAUAUCCUGCGAAUUUAUAGAAAAUUCUUCAUAUUUGGCAGCCGUCUUCGCAAUUGAUAUAGCAGAAGACAAGCAAGAUAUGCGUUCAAAAAUAUACAUUGAUCUCUCUAUUUUCAGAAAAAAUACUGGAAACUCAGUUAUAUAUACAUACAGUCAGAAUAAAAAUUCUAGCAUUGAGACUAAGAACUCUGUUUUUGAAUACAACAAUGCAAGAGUUGUUUCUUUGAACUUUGAUUAUUUUGUAGACAAUGGAUCUGUUUUUCAGUUUAAUUCUGCUCCCUAUGGAUCUUGUUUUUACCUUCAAAACUCUGCUAUUUUGUACGCAAACUCAUCGCAGUUUUUAAAUAAUACAGGUCAGGAAUAUGGAGGAGUCAUAGCAAUUAGUUCGAAAUCAAUCUUUAACUGCAAUAAUUGCUCAUUUAUUCAAAAUAAGGCAAAAAUAAAAGGUGGAGUGUUAGAUGCAGAGCAAGAGUCUCGAUUCUUUAUACUAAACUCAACAUUUAAAAAAAAUUCAUGUGAAAAAGAAGGGUCUGCAAUUUAUGCUUUUAAUUGCAAUUUGAUAGCUUCCUCUCUAAUUUUAUCCCAAUUUUCAAAUAAUUAUGCAUCAAAUACAGGUGUGAUUAGUUUGAUCAGCUCAAAAAUAUUGAUUUUAUCAUCUAUUUUUAGCAAUAAUUCAGCUGGUGGAUACAGUCCAGGAUUGUCACUAACAUUUUCAAGUGCAGAAAUAUAUGAUUCAAAAUUCGAAAAUCAAAGAAGUAAUUCAGGAAAUUUUAUAUAUUUAUUAGCUGAAAGCAACGCACUUGUAACUAAUUCCUCUACUAAAAGAAAGCAAAGCUUUUUAGUUUAAUAGCAAAGAUUGAGAUAAAUACAAAAAUUUAAUUAUUGUAAUUGUCCGAGGAUGGCGCUAUCUUGCGCCAUCCUCGGGCAAUUACUAUAAAAAUCAAUAUAUUAUCAUUUAAUUUACCAAAAAAAAAUUAAAACAAAUAUUAAUUUAAAAAAUUAUUUUAUUAGUUUUGCUCGGUCACUUAAAAGUGAGUUAACUCAACCUUUUAUAAUGGAAAAUCAAAUGAAAGAGGAGGGGCAAUUUAUGCAAGUUCAAGCACAUUAUUAAUCAAUGAUUCAUUUUUUAACAAAUUAUCAUCUCCUAGUGGUGGUGCAAUUUAUGCUUCUUUUGAUAGCUAUAUAUCCAUAAAUAAUUCGAGGUUUGAUGAUAUAGAGAGUCCAAUUGAAGGUGGAGUUAUAAAUGUAAAUCAAGUUCAAUUAUUUAUUGAAAAUUCAAUUUUUAAUAAAUUCUAUCUUACUACCCCAUUAGGAGCAAGCAGAUGCUUUUACUUGCUAAUAUAAGGUUAAAAUUAAAUUUUCUUUAAAAAUUUGUAUUUGAUAUUAAAAAUUUUAUUAAUUUCAUUAGAUUUAUGUUUCCUGAUAAAAGCUCUCAAAGUUUAAUAUAAUUAGCUGAAAAUCUCACUAUUUUAACCAUUAUUCACAUAUCAAAUAUUCCAAAAUUCAUAUCAGCAUAAUUUCUUGCUGAAAAAGUGUGCUAAUUUUCCCAAAAAUAGGAUUUUUCUAGAGUUUUUUGCUCUCAGAUCAAAAGAGAAGCUACAGGAAUAUAUGGAAGCCAAAUAAAAAAGCUAGAAAUUGUAAAUUCUUCACUAAGCAAUGGCUCUGGAGAUUAUGGAGGUGCCCUUUAUUGUGAUUCUUGCAAAAAUAUAGAAAUAAAAUCAUCAAAUUUUGUAAAUAACUCCGCGUCUUCAUAUGGGGGAGCUUUAUUUUUAAAAUCCACCAAGGAUAUCAGUUGCGAAGUUAAUGUGACUUCAAGCGAAUUUUUAAAUAAUUUUGCAAGAAAUGGAGGAGCAAUAUACUCCAAUAAUGCAAAUUUGAAUAUAUUCUUUACUAAUUUUAACUUCCCCUUCCGUAUAUAAAUUUAUUUUUAGAUCUAAUAAGUCCAAAUUUUGAUAAAAUUUGAAUGUUUAAAGUUCAAGCUGCUUGAAAUUUAAAAUAAUUUAACUCGAGAUUUCAUUAUAUUAUUUAUCACUUAUAUAUCAAACAUUUUUUUACCCAAUUUUUUUUUGGAUUUGAUUUUUUCCAAUGAUUUGGCUCGCUAAUGGAGAGAGUAAGCAGAAUAGAGCUAUUUCAGGUCAAGACCUAAAAAAUAGAAAAAUUGAUAGUGGGAUUGGAGGUGGAAUCAAUAUGAACUGUUUUGAUGCAAAAAAAUGUGAAUUUAAUAUUAAUUCAAACAACUUCAUUGAAAAUUUCGCAGAGUAUGAUGGAGGAGGUAUUAGUUGGGAUAAUCAAAUUCCUUCACUUUUCAACAAUAAAUACCAAAAUAAUAUAGCUCAAUAUGGAAUAGAUAUAGCUUCAUACCCAAUUAAGCUAAUGCAAGUAAAGGCAGAUAGCAGUUUAGCAGAUUUUAAUAGCAAAAGAUUAUUAUCAGACCCAGUUUCAAGCCUAAAUUUAACAGAAAUUGCAUCUGGGCAAACUAUUAAAAAUCAACUUCUAAUCGCCUUGGUUGAUGAUUUAAAUAAUAUUAUAACCACUGACAAUGUGAGUGAGGCAACUCUCAAACCUACUGAAUUGACAACCCAAAUUUCAGGAAAAACCAAAGUGACUGCAUCAAAAGGAAUAUUUAACUUCUCAGAAUUUGUUAUUUCUGAUGAGCCUGGAUCAAAUAUCCAAAUAAUGGUUACCUCUCCUGCAAUUGAUAUUUCAAAAAUAAAAUCUUCAGGUCAAAGCUUUUACAGUCAAAGUUUAAUAUUAAAUGUGAAUAUGAGAAAAUGCAAAAUUGGAGAGGUAAAAUCUGGGAAAAAAUGUCAAAUAUGCCCUAAAGGGUUUUAUAGUUUAAAUCCAAACACGAUUUCUUGCCUUUCUUGCCCUGAUGCUGCUGAAUGCUAUGGAAAUUAUACAAUGGUUCCACGUCCUGGAUAUUGGAGAGAUAAUAUGCAUACCGAUAAAUUUUGAAAAUGCCCGCACCCCUCAUCUUGUUUAGGUUCACCUAAUAUAAACAAUAUUUCUUAUACAGGAGAAUGCAGCAAAGCCUACAAGGGAAAUAAAUGUCAAUCUUGCAAAGCAGGAUUUUCCUAUACUUCAAGCAAUAAAUGUGAAAAAUGCCCAGAGUAUCUAAACAACAUAUUAAUGGUAAUAGGAGUAGCAAUAGGAUUGCUGAUUUUAUUGACGAUUAUAAUAAAAACAACAAGAAAAUCAGCUCUAAAGCCAAAGUCACAAACUUCUAUUUUCAUAAAAAUAUUUUUGAAUUAUUUUCAAAUGAUCAUUUUAGUGUCUACUUUUAAGCUUAACUGAUCAUCUGAAGUUUUAAGCCUUUUUAAUAUUCAAAAUAAUGCAGAUUAUGUAUACCAGCAAAUUUACUCAUGCCAAUGUCUAUUUGGAACAAAUGAAAACAGUAAUUUAGUUUAUUUCAAAAUUAUUAUUAUGGUCGCCUUAAUUCCAGCUAUUAUGAUAGUUUUGAAUUUAUUUUUUUGGAUUAUUAUAAAACUAAUCAAAACUUCAUAUAAAUCGUUUUGGGAUGAUUUUGUAUCGACCUGUAUUAUUUUAUUGUUUUUAGUUCAUCCAAGUGUAGUGAGAAAAAUGUUUGCGUCUAUGAAUUGCACAGAAAUUAAUCCUGGUGAAUAUUGAUUGGAAGAUAAUCUUGAUAUUAGAUGCUGAGAUUAUGAUCAUAUAUUUUAUGUGAUGACCAUUUCAUUGCCAACCAUUAUUUUAUGAGGAAUUAUUUUGCCGACGGUUUGUUUAGUGAAUAUUAUUAGAAAUAAAAGCAGACUUGGAGAUUUAAAUGUGCGUAUAACUCUGAUCGGCGAUAUUAAACAAUAGUUUUGGUUUUUACCCAAAAAAUAGGUCAAUGGUUUUUUGGCUUAUAUGGGGAAAGUUAGAAAAAUACGAUGAUUCAAAGAAAUUAGAAAGAAGCAAACUAAUUGUUCCUUUUGAAAAAAAUUUAGGAAUUAUUUCUAUAAUGAUAAUUGUAUUUCUAAAACAUAGAUUUUUACUGCAAAUUUGUUUAUUAUAAAAUUUUAAAAAUAUCUUAUAAGCUAGUAAAAAAUUUUGCAUUUUCAAGGAGGAGUAAGAUAUGGAUUUCUAUUCAAUGGAUACAGAGAUAAUCACUAUUUUUGGGAAUUUAUUAUUCUGUAUAGUAAAAUUAUUCUUAUUUGCUGUUCAGUUUUUUUAGCAAGAGUAUCUUUAAAGAUUCAAGCAAUAAUUGUGGCUAUUUUAUAUUCAAUAUAUUUAAGACUCCAAUACUCAAAUAACCCUUAUACUGAGCCUAAUUUAAAUCAGAUGGAAUUAAGGGCAAGACUAGUGUGUGCAGUCACUAUAUGAAGUGGACUUUACUAUUUAAUGGGAUCUUUAAAUGAUGAAGCUGGAUACUUUUUCUUUGCAAUUAUUGUAGCAGCAAAUUGUUAUUUUUUAAUUUAUUGAUUGCUUUGUCUCAUGAUUAAAUGUGUGUCUCGGCCCGGCAUGGUCUCCCGAUGAUAUCAGGAAUAAUUCCUGCAGUGUGCAGAGCCGGAUCAAAAUUCUUAUGCAUGAUUGUUUUGCAUCCUCAAAUCGAUUUCUCAAUCAAUAAUUAAAAAAUUUAAAAGCUUCGAAAAAUCAAAAAAAGUGGAAAAUUACUCAGUAGAAAAUAGUUUUAAAAGUGAUAAUUCAAGAUUAGAUAUAAGUCAUAUUGAAGUUUCGCUUGCAUCAAAUAGCCUUGAAAUGAAUGAGAUUCAAAUUAUAGAUUUUGAUAAAGAAUCAAGCAACAUUAGCGUAAAUGAUAAAGAGAAGAUUCAAUAG